AUGGCAUCCAUCAAAGACAAUGAUGACAUGCCCAAACAACAACAUCCAACACUGCCACUGUUAGUGCAACUCAAGAUAAUGGACCUACCAAUAUUGAGCGAUCAUGUUAAUGAUGAUCUGGUACCUUUCAUCCCUGGCACUACAUUCAACUUGGCAACAGUGUGUAGACGAUGGUUCGAUCACAUCGCUGCCAUCACCAAUCAUUUGGACGUGACACGUGAUCAAUCAUACCGAGCCAUCUUGCAUCUGCGCAAGGAUCCGCGACCUUGGAGUCUCCAGUUCCCAUCAAUACACUUCAAUCUGGAACUGGGUAGUAGUCGUGAUCUCUAUCAAUCACAUCUGCUGCACUACAAGGAUGUGGUCAGGGCUAGCGCCAUCCACUUGACCAGCAAGGCCGACAUAUCAGAUAUCAGAUUCAUCUUGACUCAUCCCAACAUCUACCCCUUCAUUGAACGAAUGACCAUCCGCAUCACAGAGUACAUCGAUAUAUGUUAUGAAGAUGUAGAGUCAUUUGUCUCUCAGUUGGUGAGUGCACUCGAGCAGAACAACACGAUCACAUGGUUCCACUUCAACAUCUUUGACUACAUGUCCAAGACUGAGAGCAAGCAUCUUGGAGGCAUGCUAAAGAGCAUGGCUAAACGCAACAACUUGAGAACUCUGAUAUGGGAUGGACAAGAUGAGUUUGUGGACAUUGACAAUGUUAUCCCACUCCUGGUCAACCUAGAGUCAUUGCAGAUGCUGGAAGUGCGACACUGUGCGAUGCUUGUCGACCCGAAACGCGUCGAGCAGCAGGCAGGUCUGUUGGUCAACAACAUGUAUAGGGGACGACCAAAGCAGUUCGCACUAGACAUGACCAAAUACGAUGUUGAAACGAAGGAGGAUGUUCAGUUCGUUGGAUACGUUCACAGCAAGCUAUUGACAAUGUACAAGGUUCAGAGCGAGUCCACGAUCAAACAAUACGAUUAUGAUCAUAAUGAACAGGGGUCAGUGUCCAAGCUCACGAUGGUCUCCAAUGAUAACCAAUCAACCGUCGUAUUUGAACGAGGCAAUGAUGAAUCUUCAGGAGAGUACUGGUUCUCACUGCGAUACAUCCGGAAUGAAAGAAUGGAUGAAUGA